AUGAAGGAGUUGCACUAUAUUUCCGAAGUCGAUGGAUUAAGCUAUAAGGAUUUAUGUAUCCAUCCGAAUCUCGACCUACCAGAAGGGUUCAAAGUGCCAAAGUUUGUCACUUUUAACGGAACAGGAAAUCCUCUAGCACAUUUGAAAGUUUAUUGUGAUCAACUCGUGGGAGUUGGCAAAAAUGAAGCAUUGUUGAUGCGUCUCUUCAGUCGAAGUCUAAGUGGAGAAGCUUUGGAGUGGCUUACAUCACAGGAACUGAAACAAUUGAAAAGUUGGAAUGCACUCGCAAAGGAUUUCACAGAAAGAUUUGGACAUAACAUAGAAGAUGCCCCAGAUCGCUACUACUUGGAGAAGAUUAAACACAAGUCUACAGAAAAUUAUCGAGAGUACGCUCUUCGUUGGAGAAAAGAGGCUGCAAGAGUUCAACCUCCCAUGUCCGAACGUGAGAUCACUGAAAUGUUCAUUUGUACUCAAGAGCCUGAGUACUAUGAAAGAAUGGUGUGUAUAAUGGGACAAAAGUUUGUCGAGAUUGUCAAAGUGGGAGAAGCUUUGGAAGAUGGUUUCAAGACUGGAAAGCUCACCAAACUUACCGCAUUGCGAUCUAAUGGAAAAUCUACCAGAAUUAGUGAUAUGGAUAAAUCAAAAGGAAAAGUGGAGGAGGUAAGUAUGAUCACGGCUACCCGUAUGAGGCCAGCUUCUCAAAGGAAAUAUCAAAACCAUAAUGUCAGUCAGGAAAAAUUUCCUCGCCCAAAAUUCAGAAAGGCUCCUAAAGUAUUUACACCAUUAAGGGAAUCUCAAACUCAACUUUAUGAAAGGUUGAAGGCAAUGGGUAUGCUCCAUCCUAUAGAAGGAAGAACAGCCAACCCUUUGGGAAAAUUUUACAGAGCUGACCACAGAUGUGCUUAUCAUUCAGGAGCCGUUUGA